AUGGUCGACGACAAAUACAUCGGGCUUGCGCUCGCAAUGCUGUCGUCGUUGGCGAUCGGCACCUCCUUCAUCAUCACAAAAAAGGGCCUCAUGGACACGUCCAACAAAUCGGGCACCGACAACGCAAACUCCCACCAGUAUCUUCAAAACCCCAUCUGGUGGGCUGGCAUCAUCACCAUGGCUGUUGGUGAGGUGGCGAAUUUCGCUGCUUACACGUUUGCGCCUGCUAUUUUGGUGACGCCGUUGGGGGCGCUUUCUGUCAUUAUUGGCGCUGUUUUGGCCGCCAUCUUCUUGAAAGAAGAGUUGGGUGUUUUGGGCAGAAUGGGCUGUGCCAUCUGCCUCAUGGGCUCCGUCAUCAUUGUGUUGCACGCUCCUCCAGACAAGGAGGUCGAGACCGUCGACGAGAUCUUGAACUACGCCACCCUGGCGGGGUUCCUCUUCUACUCCUUCUUGGUCACUGUCUACUCGUUGUUCACCAUUUACAAGAUCGUGCCCAAGUACGGCCACACAAACCCCAUGAUCUACAUCUCCAUCUGCCUGAGUGUGGGCUCCAUCUCCGUCAUGUCCAUCAAGGCCUUUGGUAUUGCCCUCAAGUUGACCUUUGCAGGCAAUAACCAGUUCACUCACAUGUCCACCUACGUGUUCAUCGGCGUCGUGGUUGUCUGCAUCCUCACGCAAAUGAACUACUUUAAUAAGGCCCUUGACCAGUUCGACACUUCCAUCGUCAACCCGCUUUACUACGUGACUUUCACCACUUGCACGCUUGUGGCCUCGUUCAUCUUGUUCAAGGGCUUCAACACCACAUCUGCCGUCAACGUGAUUUCCCUCUUGAUUGGAUUUUUGGUUAUCUUCUCCGGCGUCUACCUCCUCAACAUCUCCCGCAAGGAGCACGGUGGUUUUGACAAGGAGAUUUUCGGUGUGCACCAGGGCAAGGACAUGGGACCCUUAGAUAACGGCGUGGGCGGUUUCUCCUCGAUGAGAAGAUCCAUGCAAAUGAACAGAGGCGAGUACGACACCGAAGAGACCUUGGGAUUGCGUCGGUUUGACUCCUUCGAGUUGGGCUCAGACGAGGAAAUGGAGUCCCACCAGCGCAGGUAA